AUGAUCGGCAACAAAUGCCAUAAGAAAGCUGUCCCAGUCUGUCCUGAUAAUGGCAGCUACACUGAUGGCAAAUGCAUUCUUCCCAGCGGACCCCAGUGUCCUCCCGGAUCUUCCUUCAACGGUAUUGACUGCGUCUUUGAUGAACGCCCCAAGUGCCCCUCAGACUCAGUCAUCAACGGUCGAGAGUGCAUCUCCACAGGCGACGCCUAUCUCACUGGAAAUGAUUGCAUCGCAACUGAACCUCCCAGGUGUCCUGAAGGAUCUACACUCGUCGGCAGACACUGCAGACACCCCGAUAUUCCCAUCUGUAAGGACGGCACCAACCUGCAGGACGGACACUGCGCCUCUCCGACACCUCCCGAAUGCCCGGUCGGUAGCUAUUUCAGUAACGGCAGAUGUCUUGCUCGAGAUCGUCCUCAUUGCCACUCUGCCAACUUCAUCUACGACGGCACCAAGUGUAUCGCGACAGGCAAGCCCAGGUGCCCUGAUGAUCUAUGGUUUGAUGGUACGCACUGUGUUGGCAGGGAUAGACCCGCUUGUCCCGAUGGCCAGUCGUUCAACGGCAAGGAGUGUAUCUCGAUCAAGGACCCUAGAUGCCCGCCCAAGUACGAUGGCGACACUGCCUGGGACGGUCAUAAGUGCGCCUCCAACAAGGACCCCAAAUGUCCCGAACGCACCACAUACGACCGCGCGACAAAGUCCUGCACAGCAAGGCCUCCCAAGUGUCCCGAGGGUACCGAACUUCGCGGAGACGUUUGUGUCCUAAUCAAGCCUCCGGAGUGCCCUGAGGGUACUUACCGGAAGGGAGCCAAGUGUGUUGCUGAUACACCACCUACAUGUCCUGAUGGCCUGCACAUGGAGAACGGCAACUGUGUUUCAUCUAAGCCGCCAACUUGUGGUGAGGGUACGGCGUUUGAUGGAAAGAGAUGUGUUAUUGGCACCAAGAUGGAGUGUUUCAACAUGGAAGUUUGUCCUCCUGUCGGCGCGGCAUCGCUGCCUGCUCCAUGA